CUAUUUUCCUUCUCUUUAUGCAGGGGUUGGUGGUGUUAUCCUUGUCAACCCACUUCCUUUUGCUUGAACCUCAAGGUUGUGGCCAAAUAGGGUUGCUAUGUGAACCCCACAAACCAGUUCAAGUUGCAAUACUUUACAUAUCAAUAUACCUUAUUGCUCUAGGAAAUGGAGCUGCUGACCCUGCUUUAGCAACAAUGGGUUCAGAUCAAUUUGAUGAGGAAGAACCCAAAGAGCAACGAUCUAAGUCCAUAUUUUUCAGCUACUUUUAUGUGGCAAUAAACCUGGGCUCUUUAGUGGCUGAGACAGUACUGGCUUAUAUAGAGACUGCAGGAAAUUGGGUACUAGGGUUUUGGAUUUGUGCUGGCAGUGGUGUUGUUUCCUUUCUUCUUUUGUUGAGUGGAACUCACAGAUACAGGCACAUUAAGCCUAAUGGAAACCCUUUCUCUAGGUUUGCACAAGUACUAGUGUCCUCUUUGAGGAAAAUAAAAUUUCAAAUACCCACAAAUGGAGAAGGCCUCUAUGAGUUUAGAGAAAGGGAUGAUGCCAGUAUGAGGAGAAUACACCACACAAAUGGCCUCAGGUUUCUUGAUCGAGCUGCUAUAGUUUCUUCUCAGGAAAAAAAACGAGUUGUUAGAGAAAGGCCAAAAACCAAACCCGGGGCACAUAUCAGAAUCUCAAGUUCCCUCAUUUUCCUCCCAAAUUAGCAUGAGAAAUGCUUUUGACCAAAAAAAAAAAGCAUGAGAAAUGCUACAAUUGACAAAGUUAGAAGAAUUGAUGGUCCCAUAAACCAUUAAAUAAGGUUUAUAAUGAAAGUUGGUAGACUUCUGAUUCAAGCAUGACUAUUCUUCUCACAAAUGUAUGGUUGAUUUUACAACAUACCUAUAAAAAAAGAGUGGAUGUAUUUGUUAAAAGA